AUGUUGGAAGACCAGUUAUACUGCGACAAGUGCGGGUUUCCACCUGAGUAUUGCGAGUAUUCUGCGGUAUGCAUGGGAACAAAAAAAGAGGCGCCUCUAAAACCAGAUGCAAAGAUAGUUGUUACUACAAAGAGGGUUUCAGGGAAUAAGCGCGUGACUCUUGUUAAAAACCUUCACUUGCUAAUGAACAGCACAAAGAUGAAGGAGUUGGCAAAGAAGUGCUCAAAGACAAUUGCAUGCGGAUCUACUCUUAUAAAGAACGGGAGCGGUACAGAAGACAUUUCUGUACAAACAUCAGAGGACUAUAAAGUGAUAGAAAUACUUGUUAAAUCCGGUGUACCAAGCAAUCGUAUAGACAGAAUAGUGAAGUAG